CCGGGAAGAGCACUUCAAGCAUGUUACUCAGGUCAGGUGACAUGGGGAGGAACUUCGAGAAUUCAAGAUGGCUACAAUUCUGCCAAGACACAACAUUUUAUAAUGGAAUAACUAACAUUUAAAGAUGCUUAAAGGGACAUUUGAGUAUUCCGUAGUGGGUUAGCUGCUGUAAAUAUACUUCUGGAACUCAACCGAUAACUAACCUUAGCUAAUAUGUAGCUAGCUAGAAGCCAAACGUUACAGAAGCUACGUUAUUUAGCUAUCUCAUUAGAAGUUACUGACAGUCUAGAGUUCGUGCCCCCCUUACCAGCACAAUGAGCGAUUCCCGAAUGUUCUCGAUCUUAACACUGCUCCUGGUAGUACCUGCGUCAAUUAGUGUCCAUGGUGCUAUUUCAGGAGAGGAAUACUCUACUACAGCGAUAAGCACAACAUCCCUUCAUUGCUGGCAAGAGGAUGAGUUUUCGAUUUUGACAGAGUGUGCAAGGUGCAACCCCUUUCAGAUGAAAUCAUGGGCACCUUGCGCCCGAACUGGAUUCAUAGAAAAGAUCAACUGUGCAAAAACCAACAAAGUUGAAUACAAGAGCUGCCGUUCCUCUUGGGUUGAUGAGCGCCUAUUCUGGAGGUUUGAGGGGAUCAUGAUGUGCCUGACGGUAGUCUUGGUCCUGGUGGUUAUAGCUCGUCAGAGAACCCUGGACCACCUGGCUUCUGAAAAGGUCCGCAGGCAGAUCCUGUCCAUAUAGAGACUGGGUGCUGUUGUCUGGCGCUUGACCAAUCAAAUGUUUGAAGGACUUGAAUGGCAGAACUUGCACAUAUCACUAUUUCCAUUUUGAUCCCAUGUUUUGUUGUGGCCUUAUUUGUGAAAUGUCUAUGUCUAAGUAUGACCCAUACACUGCACAAUAGUUAUGGGUUUGAACUAAUCUUACAAUAUGUUCCAAGUCAUUACUGCAGUAUACUUAAUAAUAUUGCAGCACAGCAUGUCUUUAUGUUGUCAUAGUUGAUAUCUUUUAUGUGUCUGUGAUUAGAGUAUAGUCCUGCCUAACUAUUCCAUGUGUCAGUUUUGGGGAUUUGAACAUGUCAACUUGGUCUAACUUCCUGACAUUCUCACAUUGUCUGCUUGUCACCAUAAUAACUGAGUUGGUCCAGCCAGAGAGACGAAUACUACAAAUAUCUAGGCCUAUGUGUUAUUGAGUAUGUACCCUAUUUUCCUUCAAAGAUUGAUUUCUGAAAAAGGGGUUUUACCAGCUACAUUUAAUGCGCUACGAUAGAUGACAUUUUUUGGUCUGUGAUCAAUGUGCUUACGGUGUAUUUACCAAUGAUUGGUCAAUCACGUUUGUGUGAAAUUCAGGUCUGUCUAAACUAUACAUAUCUAUUUAUUUAUGGUGUCGUUUGACAGGCGUUUCCUUUUAGUUACACACUAGCUUAAUAAAGAGCAGUGACACUAUCAAGAGCAGUGUGCUGGUUUCUUAAUUUUUCUGAUCUUAUUCAUCUGUUACCAGGCACCUGCAACAAAGAUAGCUCAGAUGUGUGAGUGCCUUUUCAAUUUUGUUUAGACACUAUUUGUAAAACCAUGUUUCCUCUGAUUUCUUACAGUAUUUAUGUAUUUUACAGCACUGUUAACACUAUUCCUAAUUAUUACAUUACUGUAAGUGUGUAGCAAAUUGUACAGUUUAUUGCACUUUCUAUUUAUGACCAAUAAAAAUAAACUGUUAGGGUAUGUGCA